CUGGAGCAAGGCAGUAGCACCAUCAGGACCACUAGUCUGAGUGCGAUGGAGACAGUGAGUGAGAUGUGAAUGGGGAAGCAGCAGUAUCACCAAGAGAAACUGGACGUCCAUAUGUUUUUAAAGUGCUUUGUAUUAAACCGCAAACGGCAUCACUUCUCUCUAAAGUAAUCCAUUACUGACAAUUAAUGUCAGACUACACGCUGGAGCAGCUUAAUGCUGCCUUGCAGGGUGAUACAUUGCUAAUGGAAAAAAAGCCUUAUAAGAUCCAACUCAUCAGAAUACACCUAAAUGCAGCAUAAUGCCUUCAAAAGUGUCAUGUUUGUACCUGUUGACGGUGGUCUGCUGGGCAAGCGCUCUGUGGUACUUGAGUAUAUCUCGUCCAACGUCCUCUUAUGUCGGCCACGUGUCUGUGCCUAUACAAAAGACUGUGAAAACCCACAAAAACCUCACGUUCACCAACAUCCGCACCCGCCCCCUCAACCCACAUUCCUUUGAAUUUGUUGUCAAUGAGCCGAAGAAGUGCGAAAGUGUCACUCCCUUCCUGGUCAUCCUCAUCAGCACCACGCACAAGGAGUUUGAUGCGCGACAAGCCAUCCGGGAAACCUGGGGGGAUGAGAGUACCUUCAGUGACAUCCGCAUCCUCACCAUCUUUCUGCUGGGCAGGAACACAGACGCUGUCCUGAACCAGAUGGUGGAGCAGGAGAGUCAGAUCUUUCAUGACAUUGUGGUGGAGAACUUUAUUGAUUCCUACCACAACCUCACAUUGAAGACCAUGAUGGGCAUGCGCUGGGUGGCGACCUUCUGUCCCAAAGCGCAGUAUGUCAUGAAGACAGACAGUGACAUCUUUGUCAACAUGGACAAUCUGAUCUACAAGCUUCUGAAGCCCAGUACCAAGCCAAGAAGAAGAUAUUUCACUGGCUAUGUGAUAAAUGGUGGUCCCAUAAGGGAUAUGCGCAGCAAGUGGUACAUGCCCAGAGACUUGUAUCCUGACAGUAAAUACCCACCUUUCUGUUCAGGCACUGGCUAUGUGUUCUCAGCAGAUGUAGCUGAGCUAAUCUACAAGACUUCAUUACAUACAAGACUGUUACACCUGGAGGAUGUGUAUGUGGGAUUGUGUUUGCGUAAGCUGGGUAUACACCCUUAUCAGAACAGUGGUUUUAAUCACUGGAAAAUGGCCUACAGUCUGUGCAGGUACAGACGGGUUAUCACCGUCCACCAGAUCUCCCCGGAGGAGAUGCACCGCAUCUGGAAUGACAUGUCCAGCAAGAAGCACCUCAGAUGUUAGGGCACAUAAGAACCACUGAACAAAAAACUGUUUUUGUUUUUUGUUUUUGUUUUUUUGCCUUUUUCUCCUUUUCAAACAUCAUCAGUUACAAACUGAUAAAUGUAAAAAUAUUGAGGGCUGCUGCAAGUGUCUGUUUCAUGACAGGCCAUUAACAUCCAUCUCUGUUUCUGCUCAUUACUCCUCAUGAGUGUUAAUGAAUGCAUGAGGUUUGUCAAGCGUGUAUUCUCAUGAAAAAAUUAAAAUGUGAUGGUGUUACUGAAAGUAAUUUUCUUCAUGUAUUCCAGACUAUUCUUUACAAGCAUUGCAUCAAUCAGCACCGAGCAUUAAUCAAGUUUGGCCUAAUAGGUAGAGACAGUGGGUUAGCCACGACCUUUUCACUUGUUAAAGUGUCCUUGAGCAACACACUCAUUCUCUAGCUGCUCUGUGGCUGCUGACUCAGCACCCCGAUCUUCCUGCAGGAUUUCUGUGCAGGAAUCAGUGCGGUUUCAAAUGAUUAUAUCUAUAAUAUUGAAAGUAGUAUUUAUAAAUGAAAAGAGAGUUCUUGAACUAUGAGAAUGAAAAUGUUAACCUUAUCCAUCAACAAGCCAGGUUGUUUGUUGACAUAAUACUCUGUCUACACUCUCACUACACUCCCAGCUUUCUUAUGAACACAAACAUGAAGAUGAAAAUAGGCUUUGGUAUAUUAUCAUUAUCCAAACAUACCAAGUUGAAAGAUUAUUGGAAUUUUUCAUUCUGUAAGUUUUCUUUAGUGUUGGUAAUAAUGAAACCUUGUAGCUGAAUUCACUGGAUGCGCUUUCAUUAUGAAUUUGCCUGAUGUUUUUGUUUACAUAUUGCCUUCAUUUCACUGCCUCUUCACUUUGAGACAUUUGAGUUUCAGAUUUAUGUUUUUUUAGGUGCAUUUUGUUGUUUUCUGACUUUGAAAUUUUCAUACUUGGGGUAAUUGUGAGUCAGCUACAAGCUCCUCAUUACUAUAGCUGCCACUCUUGGUUAUGUACUGUGUGCUGUACAUCAGCAGCUACUUCAGCUCAUCAUCUCCCCCAGACAUCAAGGGAAACACAGUAUCAUGUUGUGCAAGUCUGAGUUCAACUGUAGCAAGAUCAUUACUGACUGGAUGUAUUAUCAUAUGUAUCUGGCACAUCAGUGAUUAUUGAACCAUUACUACUGACAUCAUGAAAACAUUUUGUGUCUGUCAGAAAAUGUGACUUUCACAGCCAAUGUUUUUUUUUUUUUUGUCCAGAGGUUUUGUAGUAUUAUAAACUAAUGUAACAUUUACUGUGAACCAUCUA